UUACUCACACAGUCGACUCUGCGUUUGGAAUACCUUUUCAUACACAUAUACCUCGUCAUACGCUUGCUACUCGGAUACACGACAGUCAGCAGCACAUCUAGUUCCAUCUCGACGAUAGUCUAGCCAGAACAACCCCCCCUUGCAUCACCCACCACAUCCACAUCGUCCCAUCAAACCAUGCCUCCUCAACCUCCCGCUCCUCCCGUCUUCUACUCGUUCGACGACAACAGCAAACUCGUCGACUCGCUCGCCAACUUUGUCGUCAAGGCUCAGAACGACGCUAUCGACAAGCGGGGCAAGUUUACGCUCGCUCUCAGCGGUGGAAGUCUGCCUAACAACUUGAAGGGGUUGGUCGGACAGCAAGGCGUGCAUUGGGAAAAGUGGGAAGUCUUCUUCUGUGACGAACGGGUCGUCCCCCUCGACCACGAAGACUCGAACUUUCGAGCUUGCAACGAGGCCUUUUUGAAGCACGUCCCCAUCCCGCGCGAACAGAUCCACACGAUCGACGAAUCCCUCCUCGACGACCUGGACGAGCUCUCGGAUCAGUACGAGAAACAGCUCAUCGCCCUCUUUGCCGAGAAGAACGCGGCGCGGUUCCCAGUGUUCGACCUCAUCCUCCUAGGGAUGGGACCGGACGGACAUACUUGUUCCCUCUUCCCCGGACACGAACUUUUGAGCGAGACGGACCGAUGGGUCGCUUGGUUGGACGAUUCGCCGAAACCGCCAAACAAGAGGAUCACGUUCACCUACCCGGUCAUCAACCACGCUUAUCGGUGUGCGUUUGUGAUCAGCGGGGAGAGCAAGCAGGACAUGUUGCACGCCAUCUUGGACGAGCCCGAGCAUGGGUUGCCUUGUUCCAGGGUCAGGCCUGCUGCGCCGGGGUUGGUCUUUUGGUUUGCCGAUGCGUCUGCCGCCAAAAAGACCAUCUACCCUACCACCGAGUUCAAGUGGAUCGGAUCGUCAGCCGAGGCCCACGAGGCCGCCAAGAUGGCCCACGAAGCGAAAAAGUCUGCGAUCUAGAAACCCUUUCGCCCGCUUCGUCUUCCUUUCCUCCACCCGGUUCCCCAAAUUCCCUCUUCUUCGACAUUUUCUUCUUUCUCGACCGACUGGACCGUAUAUAUAUCGAUUAGACGCGUAGGAACAUGAGAUACCUCUUUAGGAUCUCUUGGUCUUGCAACAACAAGGAUUCCUCUCCCUCACUCUCCCCCUACCUUUUUACUCAACCUCCGGCUAGCUUCGGCUCGCCAAACGCCCUCAAUUCCCCCCUCCCUUCUACCUAUCCUCCAUGAGAAUGCCCAUAUAUGUAGAGAGCGAACAUCCGCAAGAAACGAUUUGAGACCGUGACAUAAAUACAUAUAUACGAGAUGAAUGUAUCGAAAUCAGAUCGAGAUUCUAGAG